GAGAAAGCUACUACUGUUACCUCUUCAUCAAAAAUCCAGCGACAAAGGCGACAGAAGCAAUACGGAGUUUUUCUAAAAACCGUAAUUAUCUACUAACUUAAAGUGUGGUACACUUCAAGAUAAAGAUUAUGCGGCUUUUGUGCGAGACCAGACCACCCGGGCGUUGGCAGCGCCCUUAGUUUUAUUUAGGCCCUGUGAAAAUAAGUAGUAGAUGAAGAUGAACGAAGUAUAAAAUAAUCAGCCACUAACACUAGACCUACACCACGGCGCUGAAAAAAUGUCAGCCUUUAUGUCUACCAAGCGGGAGACCGCUAAGUCCUCAUCCCACAUGCACGAUACCAUGAAGGAGAAAAACGCGCGCGCACAGGAACUCCGAAAGAAGCUGAACAUGUCCGCUGCCGACCAAAAAAAGCUCCAGCAGGAAAAGCAACAGGCCGCUCUGGCGCAAAACGUGAUCACCAAGGACCACAAGUUCACGAAAAUCGACUACUUCAAGGGGAUAUACGGCUUCCUGGAUCCGGACUUCCCGUCAGUGGUGUCCUACAUGUCGGACCUCGAUCUUGUCCGACGCGACUACCCGUCCGCAACGGCCGCCAUGCUCCAGGCAGAGUAUCCUGAGUAAAAACGUACCCACACCAGAGUCAGGAUGAGGAUUUUGCAACACAAACCUAGGAGUUUUGUGAGUCACGCAUGACAAGUUGCGCUAUGCAGUGUAGUGCCGGUUAGCAAGUGCAGCCGCAUCACAGAUUCAUCUGCUCAUCCUGUUCACAGCAUCACAAAUUCCAAAACACGAUUGGAAAUGGCUCAUCUCAUGGGGAUGCGCAUUACAAGUCUUCCUGUCUUUGCAAAUCUGCAUUACAACUCUGGCGUGGGUACGUUUUUACUCAGGAUACAGAGCUGGAGUGCUUCACCUGCGAUAAGAGUCUCUGCGGCCGGUUCGGAGUGACCCGCAACCCCGAAAUAUCCUGCGUAUACAGAAAAACGUAUAGCAGCAGGAGCCAUUUUUAUAGCGAAACAGAGCGAUGUGACAUUUGUGAGUUCUUGCGCAUGUUGACCCAAACCCUGAAUCCUCAGUCGCAUAGUGGUCAACAUCUUGCUUAAUAGUGAAUACGGGGACGCUGGCUGCAUGUAGUCAACGCAUCCACUUCCUUGGCCUGCUGCUGUGUUGAAGAUGAUGAUGAACAGUUUCCGAACUACACAGGAAGUGCUGUUGCAUCCGACCAGCACUCGUCCUGCGUCUGGAGGGCAUCUUGUGUUUCUGUUUCAAUGAAACAGCAUAGUAUUAGUUCGAUGUUUCAUGCAGAUUUGCAUGACAUUGACAAGCAACUUUUCUGGAACCACGCUCCUGCUGGGUCGUGCGUUUUCGUUUUUCAAAAUCAUAGGUAUACGAGGAGGAUUUCCCGGACUCGGUGGCAGAGAUGCGGAAGGAGUACAACGAGCUGAUGCAGGACCGAGGGAUCACGAACGACAGCAGUCUCGAUAUCCAUCGCAAAUCAUAUGUCUGGGUCUGGAAACUUGUGAUGCAACUGCUCCCUGAACAAUUAAGUGCUCUGUAAUUGGCCGCCAAGCAUGACAAGUUUUUUCGUGCUUCUGCGAUGCGUAUUUCGCAUGAGAAACUGCGCUUUUGCAUGACAGGCAAGAGGACCCUUACCCUUUGGUGGCCACGCAAUACAGAGUGCAGAGCCAACAUGCCAGACUAGCAUGACAAUUUUACAGACCCAGACAUAUUUUCGCUUGAUACUCGACAAGAUCCGGCAGAACGAAAUCCUGAAGCAGCGCCAGCAGACCUGGGUCAGCAAGCGGUUACUGAUCUGCGACAAAGUCCAGCGGGACAAGUUUCACCGGAGCAAGGACCUGCAGAAGUCGCUGCUCGAAACGGGGGAGCGGUUGCUCCAGUACGAGAACACCUUUUACGACAUUUACUGGGGAACGGUGGACGGCAAGGGCCAGAAUCAGAUGGGCAGAAUUCUGGCGGACAUCAGGCAGAGCUACAACAAGAGCGCGGACGGGGCGGUGGCUUUGGACGAGUGGCUUUUCCGGUGCUUAGACCUGGUCGAUGUCGACGACAGAAAGCUGUACAGUACCGUGGUACGGGUAAAUUUGCAAGAGGUCAAGGAAAACGAGGUGGUGAGUGACUACUUCUUGGAUCCCUGCGAGCGGCUUAUGACUUUCGUCGGCAGGCAGCCAGACGCGUGCCAAAUCCUGCCGCAGCAUCCAAGUGCGACGCUUAUUCAUUUUUGUUGGCGUUUUUUUAUUGGAAGCUCCCGCGAAAAAAAAAAAACGAACAAACUUCCAUUCGUACCUACGAAACGUUUUUUCAGACAAUAUCAAACAAGCCGCAGAUUCAUUUAAACUGCGCAAAAAUUAUAGAACACGCCGCAUGCACGGCCACGGAUAUCGAUAGGCCAUAAUAUCGUCCUUCCUUGUCAGGUACCUCGCGCCGGCAUGCGGUUUUCGCGUACACAAAGGCAGGGUUCGGCCUCACGGACCUGUUCAGCAAAGCCGGAUGCAAGGUGAACAAACAGAAGCUCGGGCCCGGCGAAUUUUUCGUCCCGUUGAAGGAGAACGACGAGGUGCAGAUCGGGGAAUCCUAUCCAGUGAAAAAACGCGCACGCCUCGUACUAGUCGAGCUUGGGACUGCUACACAAGUCAACAAGUUUUUGCCGUUGCGCAUGACAAACUUGGACGCGCUGUCGCAUGGUCGCGGUUACGUUUAGCUAGUAGUUAGAGAAAGUGCACCCGUGUCACAAAUCGAUCACCUUAUGAUUCUUGUGAUAGCAUGACGAUGACGAGUUCCAAAAACCACGAGAAAAUCAAAAUUCUCCUGAAAGAGCUGCGCAUGAGUAACUACUUACUUACAUCCUGGCCAUGCAUUAUGUGCUUGUAUGACAAAAAAGAACUGGGGUGUGAGUGCGGUUUUUACACAGGAUAGAUCGACCCGAGUAUUCAAGGUAAAGUUCGACCAUAAGGGCACCAGAAGGUUUCUGGAAGACAAACAGCGGGAGCUUCUCCACGAGGCCAAAGACGAGUUUGGCACCGCGCAACACUUGUCGGACCAGGCGAUAAAAGACACGCAAGUCCAACUUUUCGUCGGCGGACUGGACUUUGCGGUUUCGAGGUCUCAGCUCCUACAGACGUUCAAAUCCGAGCUGGAACUGCAGCACAACGUGCCCUUUCGAGAGAACGCCGUGGUCGAAAUCCGCGUGCCGCAAGAAAAUAACAGCAAGAAUUCCGGCGGCAAAAAAGGCGGAAACACAGAGAUAAAUGACGGCAGGACGGCCGAAGAAAUCUUGGACAUCGAGAACAACCCAAAGGCCACCCGCGGUUUUGCGUUUGUGGUGAUGAAAAACAAGGAACUGGCGGACAAAGCCGUUCUGGCGCUGAACGGCUUCAAUUUGGAGGGCCGAAAAUUGAACGUGCGUUUGUCCAACGCCGGCGGAGUCGUAGGCGGUAAGUCUUCGUCUUCGAAAGGAGACGGCAAAGGCAACUCUAAAGGAAAGGACAAGAACAACCCAAACAGCAUUGCCUUGGGCGCGGGCAAGAAAGGCGGCAAGGAACAAACCAAUGGCUCUGCGGCCUACUACAUGGACAAUUUUGUCACGGUGCAGCCGUACGGAAAGGGUGUUUUGGACAAAGACCACCAAUACCACCAACAGCAGGCGCUGAACCAAAAUCACCCCAUCAUCGAGUCCUACCGGCCGCCGCGAUCCGAAAACGCCGCGGUCGCACACCGAAUUGUGCAGCACACCAACUCGGCGAACGAAGUGCUGAAAAGAAAGCGCGAUAGCCUGGAAGAUGAGGAUGAACGUGAGGGGAGAACAAGACCAAGACGAGGAGAUGAGACGUCGAAAAAGCAUCAUCGGGAGGGAGACAGUGACUCCGACUCCUCCUCAAAUUCCAGGUCAAAAUCGCCGAAAGCGGUGAAGAAGCACAAAAAGGAAAAGAAAUCCAAGAAGGAGGUGUUGAAGAAGCAAAGAAAAAAGGACAAGAAAGAAAUGAAAAAGCUAAAAAAGGAGGAGAAAAAAUUAAUGAAAAAAGAACGCAAGGAACGAAAAAAAGCGAAGAAAAAAGCCGACUUGGAAGCUAGGAGCAGCAGCGACGAAUCGAGCGACGAGGACGGAGGUGCGUCCAGUAGCGGCAGUGAUUGACAUUUUUGAAGAUGACACAUAUAUGGAAUCCAUUUCAUCGCAUUGCGCUUGCGCACUAGGACGACACACACCAACAUCUUUAAAAGAUGCUCAGGCUCUUUAGAAGAUAGCAAGUGGCUGUGGGCUUGCUACUAUCCUCUCGU